AUGUGGAAAAAACUAACUUCACUUAAAAAUAGUAAUAACAAAUCUGAUGUAAAUAAUUUAGAAGAAAAUGAUAAAAACAAUAUAAAUGAAAAUAAUACAGAAAAUGAAGAUUCCGAAAAAAAAUGUAAAGAAACUAUUAAUGGUUUGUUAAGUAUUAAAAAAAAAGAUACUAAUGAAAGUGAUAAAACAGAUGAAUAUAACUUAGAUACAAAUAAAAAAAAAAAAAGAUUUUACGAAAAAAAAACAAGUAAUUCAGAAGUUGAAGAACAAAAAGAAAUAUUAAAAGAUGAUACAAAAGAAGAAAAUGUAAAUGAUAACACAAAUAUAAAAGAAAAUGAUAAUCAUAAAAAUGAGCUGAUCUCCAGUAAUAAUAAAAGAAAAGAAAAAAAUGAAAAAGAUCAGGAAUUUAAUGAAGAAAGAAUCCAAAAUGAUAAGAAAAUUAAUCAUUCUCUUGAUAAAGAAGAAAACGAAAAGGAAAAUGAAGAUAAACGAAGUAAACAAAUAGACCUUAAGGAAGGUAAAAAUGUUCUUGAAAAGAUAAAGGAAAAAUUUGGAAAAAAUCUAGAUGAAAAAAUUAAAACUAAUGAAAGCUUGGAGAAAAGAAAAGAUUCACAUCAUGGGAGAAACAAAAUUGGAAAUAGAAGUCAUACAAGUAGAAGUAGAAGCAAAAGCAGAGAUAGAUAUUCAAAUAAAAGAAAAACAAUAGAAGUAUAUUCAAACAGUGAAGAAAAUAAGGAAGGAAAAAGAAGAACAAACAGCAGGGAAAAAAGUAUUGAAUAUAGAAAAAAAAGUAGGGAUCAAGUGACAGAUAGAAGCAAGGAAAAAAGUAGACAAAGAAGUAGACAAAGAAGUAGAGACAGAAGCAAAGAAAGAAGCAGACAUAGAAGCAGACAUAGAAGCAGACAUAGAAGCAGACAAAGAAGUAGACAAAGAAGCAGAGACGAGGGGAGAGACCGAAGCAGAGAUAGAUGGGGGAUAGAUCAUUCUAGAAGUAGAUACAGACGUAGUAGAGAUAGAAAUAAAAUUUCAUAUCAUAGUAGAAGCAUAAGCAGUGGUGAAGAACAUUAUUCAAAAAACAAAAAAAGCAUAAAAAGAAGAAAGUCAAGAUAUAGUAUAGAUAAAGAUUCAUAUUCAAAUUCAUCUAAUAGUACCCAUAGAAGAAGAAAGAGAAAAUCGUCUGGUUCAAAUGAAAGAGGAAAAGAUGAUAAUAAUUCAAUACAAAGAAAAAGAAAAAAAAGCAAAUGGGAUACAGUGGACGAAAGCUUAUUAAAUAAUAAUUUAUUAAAUAAUACUGUAAGCGGUAUAUUUCAAAAGUCCUCAUUAACAGUAACAGGAAAUUUAAUAGGUCAAAAUAAUAUAAUAACAGAUUUAAGUAGAAAUCCAUAUGAACAAGAUACAGAUAAAAAACAAAGGAAAUUAUAUAUAGGUAAUAUUCCACCAAAUUCUAAACAAGAAGAUAUUGUAGAUUUUUUUAAUAAUUCUAUUUUAGCUGUUAUAAAAGAUUCAAGUAUAGAUGUUAAAAUAGGUGAUGUGCAAUUAAUGCCAGUUAUCAAAUGUGAAAUAUUUAAUAGUGAUUCUAGAUUUUGUUUCCUAGAAUUUAGAACAGUGCAAAUAACUUGGUUAUGUCUAAAACUUGAUUCAAUACCAUACAAUAAUUAUUGUUUAAGGGUAGGAAGACCACAUGAUUAUAUACCUCCACCUGAAGGAGAUCCUGCAUUUACUACUGAAUUCACAGAUAUUAAUAUGGAAGUUUUUGAAAAAUUAAAACCUAGUAAACCUAUAAACUCGAAAUGUAGUAGUGAUGAAGAAAAUAGAUUGUAUAUACAAAAUUUACCACAUGAUUUAAAGGAUGAACAAAUAAAAGAUUUAUUAGAACAAUUUGGAACUUUGAAAGCUUUCAAUAUUAUUAAAGAUUUAAAUACAGGAUUAAAUAAAGGAUAUGGUUUUUUUGAAUAUGAAGAUAGUUCAUGUACACAACUAGCUAUUCAUGCUUUAAAUGGUUUUGUAUGUGGACAAAAUAUUUUAAAUGUCAAAAAAGCUACAUUCAAUAAGCAACCAAAUAAUAAUCAUAAUAUUAAUAAUAAUAAUAAUAAUAUCAAUAAUCAAAAUCCCAAUUUUAUAGCAUUACCUAAUAAUACUGAUGUACCAGUAACACUUUUACCUACAUCUAUAUCGCAAAAAAUUUUAAGUAAUUCAAUUAUAGGAUUACAAGUUCAAGCAUCAAGAAAAAUAGGUGAAAAAUCAUCGAAAGUAGUACAAUUAACUAAUGCAGUAUUUCAAGAAGAUUUAAUUGUUGAUAGUCAAUAUGAAGAAAUUUUAAAAGACAUAAAAGAAGAAGCUGAAAAAUAUGGCCCAUUACAAAAUAUAGUUAUACCAAAACCAAAUAAAGAUUUAUCAUAUGCAGAAGGUGUUGGAAAAAUAUUCUUACAUUAUGCUGAUGAAGCAACAGCAAGAAAAGCUCAAUAUAUGUUCAAUGGACGCUUAUUUGAAAAAAGGGUAGUAUGUGCUGCAUUUUAUUCAGAAGAACAUUUUCUAAAAGGAAAAUAUGUUUUAUCUUAA